AGAGAGACUCGCUAUUCCUUUGUUCUCUCUCUUCAGGAGCGCCCCACUAUCGCCUACUCGAACGCUUUGCGAUCAACAGUCUUUUCAUCAUUAUUAUCUGCUCUGAACUUUACCACGUCGCGAGAAAAGCAGCCUGUCAAAGAUGGCGAGCUUGAAAAGAUCUACCGAGACAGAUUCUUUGGCCUCAAACAUCUCGAGCAAGGUCUACGUGCGAUCAACCCGGAGUGGCAAGGUGCAGAAAAUCGUGAGAGAAGUCUACUUACGAACUGACAUCCCCUGCUCUUCCAAGCUCUGCAAAGCUUGUCUUCAGGAUGCCCCUAGAAAUGCCGCUCAGCAAGCUCAGCCUUUUGUGCUCUCGGACAAGCCAGCAGGCACCGAGACUUUCCCCCAGGGCCAUUACCUGGUGCCUGAUACUAACGCGUUGCUCAACGCAAUGGACCUUUUCGAGCAGAGCUCAGCUUUCUACGAUGUUAUCAUCCUGCAAACAGUACUGGAGGAGCUGCGAAAUCGGUCAUUACCACUCUACAACCGUCUAGUGGGGCUCACAAAGAGCGAGGAUAAGAGAUUUUACGUCUUUUUUAACGACUUUAGGCUCGAGACAUUCGUCCACCGUCAGGCAAAUGAGACUGUGAACGACAGGAAUGACAGAGCUGUGCGGUUAGCCGUCAAGUGGUACGGCGAGCAUCUUGCCAGGACAAAGGCGAAAAAGCUGCCAGCAGUAGUGAUGCUUAGCGAUGAUCGAGAGAACCUUCGCAAGGCCAAAGAAGAGGGGCUUCACGCAUCUUCUCUCCGGGACUAUGUGAGCGGCCUCGAAGAUGGCGAGAGACUACUUGAUAUGGUCGCAGAAGCUCAAAAUCAAGAGUCUUUUAAGAAGCAGGGUCAGAUGCUGUACCCUGAAUACUUUACUCUAUCAAGGAUGAUGACCGGAGUCAAGGCUGGGUUGAUGCAUCAAGGAAUCUUCAACGUGUCGCCAUAUAACUACCUCGAGGGUUCAAUCAAAGUACCGGCGUUCCCCAAACCUCUUCUCGUAUUGGGUCGCGAAAACAUCAACCGAGCCGUUGAUGGUGAUGUUGUGGUUGUUGAAGUUCUUCCCCAAGAUCAGUGGAAAGAACCUUCGACAAAGAUCAUUGAGGAGGACGCCAUCACCAAGAACGAGAAUGCAGAUGUGGAAGAGAGCCAGGAUCUCGUAUCUGAAAAGGAGCGAAAGGCCUUGCAAGAGCAGGUCAGGAAGACUCAGAGGAGUGCAUCGGAGAGCAAGCCACAGCCUACGGCCAAGGUUGUGGGUGUUAUCAAGCGUAAUUGGCGUCAGUAUGUUGGUCAUAUCGACCCAUCGUCAGCCAGUAAGGGUUCCAGCCAAGGUCGCAAGCAGGAUAGCGUUUUCCUCAUCCCAAUGGACAAGAAGAUUCCCAAAAUCCGCCUUCGUACACGACAGGUUGCUGACCUUCUUGGCAAGCGCCUGUUGGUAACUAUUGAUGCCUGGGAGCGUGACUCAAGACAUCCUGUCGGACAUUUUGUGCGAUCUUUGGGUGAGCUGGAGACCAAGUCGGCCGAGACUGAAGCUCUGUUGCUGGAGUGGGAUGUUCAAUAUCGGCCUUUUCCCAAGACCGUAUUGGACUGCCUUCCCAGAGAGGGACACGACUGGAGAGUGCCGACGAGCAUGGAAGAUCCUGGCUGGAGGCAGAGAGAGGAUCUCCGAGGUCUUCUCAUCUGCAGUAUUGACCCUGUUGGGUGCCAGGAUAUCGAUGAUGCUCUCCAUGCCAAACAGCUCCCUAAUGGGAACUAUGAAGUUGGUGUUCACAUCGCCGACGUGUCCAACUUUGUCAAGCCUGCCAACGCCAUGGAUACUGAAGCCAGUAUCCGGGGUACCACAGUCUAUCUCGUCGACAAGCGUAUCGAUAUGCUGCCUCCUCUUCUCGGUACGGAUCUUUGCUCGCUCAAGCCUUACGUCGAGCGAUUUGCAUUCUCGGUGCUCUGGGAGCUGAACGACAAUGCUGACAUCGUCAACGUUCGCUUCACCAAGUCUGUCAUCAAAUCUCGAGAAGCGUUCAGCUACGAACAGGCCCAGUUGCGAAUUGACGAUGAGUCUCAGCAAGACGAUCUUACCAAGGGAAUGCGCAUGCUUCUCAUGUUGUCCAAGAAAUUAAAGAAGAAGCGAAUGGAUGCUGGUGCCCUGAGCCUCUCUUCCCCAGAAGUCAAGGUGCAAACUGAAUCUGAGACGUCUGACCCUAUUGAUGUCAAGACAAAGCAGCUUCUCGAUACAAACUCUCUCGUCGAAGAGUUCAUGUUGUUUGCCAACGUUAGCGUUGCAGCCAAGAUCUAUGAAGCAUUUCCUCAAACCGCCAUUCUCCGACGUCACGCGGCUCCCCCAAAGACAAACUUUGACGAACUAUCAAACCAACUCCGCACCAAGCGUGGCAUGGAGUUGCGGACCGACUCCAGCAAGGCCCUUGCCGAUUCUCUGGAUCAGUGCGUGGACCCCAAGGAGCCAUUCUUCAACACCCUUGUGCGUAUCAUGGCUACUCGCUGCAUGAUGAGUGCAGAGUAUUUCUGCUCUGGAACACAAGCCUAUCCUGAAUUCCGCCAUUACGGUCUUGCUUCAGAGAUCUACACUCAUUUCACCUCUCCCAUUCGACGUUACGCCGAUCUUCUUGCCCACAGACAGCUCGCUGCUGCCAUCGACUAUGAGGCCAUACACCCCAACGUCCGCAGCCGGGGUCGCCUUGAGGCUGUCUGUAAGAACAUCAACGUGCGCCACCGCAAUGCUCAGAUGGCUGGUCGUGCCAGCAUCGCCUACUAUGUCGGCCAAGCCCUGAAGGGCAAGGUUGCUGAGGAAGACGCGUUCGUGAUGAAGAUUUUCAGCAACGGCUUCGUCGUUCUUGUUCCACGCUUUGGUACAGAGGGCCUGAUCCGCCUUCGAGACCUUGCAGAGCCUGAGCCCGAGGCUGAGUAUGACGCAGAGACAUACACGCUUACAACCAAGGGAAGCCGCGAGAUCAAGGUAGAGCUCUUCCAAAAAGUCAGGGUUAGAGUCCGUGACGAGAAGGAUGAAAUGACAGGCAAACGCGGUGUCAAGAUGGAAUUGAUCGAAGCAUAGAUAUAGACGAACAAAAGCUGGGUUGUGUUGGGAGGUACACGGCAUCAUGCAUAAUCUACGAGUCACUUGGUAAACCAUGUAGGA